UCAUUGAGGGAGAAAAACGAGUAUUUGUUGUCGGUAGCUAGUCUUCAUAUUCAAUCGUCUUUGAGAUGUCGAUGUCAAUGUCAGGGCCAGAGGGAAGCGCCAAUAUAUAUAUACUUGCUCCGGUGAUCCGUCCGUUUCGCGAUUGAAGGAUGCCGAUGCAGGGAGGGCGCUACUGGCUAUGGGAGCUGCUGGUGUUCGCCGCUAUGGCGGCGGUGGAGUGCACCAACGUCGGCGUCACCACCAUCUACAAAGCCGCCGUCACCAAGGGUUUGAACUACCACGUUUACAUGGCCUAUUCCUACGCCAUUGCAGCUGCCGUCCUCCUCCCUCUCGCUUGUCUAAAUUGCAGGAAUACGCCGCUGCCUCGAUUUACCGUCGUUCUGUUCGGCAAAUUUUUUGCCAUCGGCUUUCUAGGGUUUACAGGACAAUCCCUAAUGUUUUUGGGCAUAGCGUAUAGCAGUCCAACUCUUGGAUCUGCCAUGAGCAAUCUCACUCCUGUCUGUUCCUUCUGUCUUGCUAUUCUCUUCAGGCUGGAAAAGUUGAAGCUGAGAAGUUUAAGUAGUCAGGCAAAGAUCAUCGGAGCUUCAGUGUCCAUUGCAGGUGCUCUAGUCAUCGUGCUGUAUAAUGGCCCGGUGCUUAUAUCUACACAUGAUAGGGCCGACUUAAGAACAUCAAUUAUUGUUUUUCGCCGUAUGAGUGAGUUGUAUGAUUGGGUCCUCGGUGGUGCCUUGCUUGCUGCUGCAAAUUUAGUCUCGACCCUUUGGUACGUAGUCCAGACCAUUGUUGUGAAGGAGUAUCCAGCAGAGUUCAUAGUAGUGUUCUUCUUCAGUUUAUUGGCCUUCUGUCUGGCCUUACCUGUUGGCAUUGUCUUCGAACCCCAUCUCAGCUCGUGGAUCAUCCCUGCGGAUAUUCGCCUGGUGUCUGUGUUAUUCUCGGGUAUAGUUGGAACUGGAGUUGGGAUCAUGGUUAACAUGUGGGGUUUGCACGUGAAGGGCCCUGUGUACGUAUCCCUGUUUAAGCCGCUGUCGAUCGCCAUCGCCGCAGUUGCCGGCGUCAUUUUCCUCGGAGAUCAGCUCUAUCUUGGCUGUGUGGUAGGAUCCAUAAUUAUUACAGUUGGAUUUUACACGCUCCUCUGGGGGAAGUUUAAAGAGGAGAUGACUGAGGAGCCGUCCCCACCGUCGGAUCAUCAUACAACAGUACUCUCAUCCGACGGCUCGGAUGAUAUCGUCGCGCCUCUCAUUAAACCUUGAGUUCAUUAGAAUUGUAGGAUAUUCUGUCUAUCCGACUUACUAUCUCGUGACACUUUCUAUUUUUAUUCGUUAUGUAAAUGAACUAAUUAAUUAUUUUAAUUUUAAUA